AUGAGUGUAGACCCAUCUAGUGGGCCAUCCCACAACAAGCACAAGUCAACUACGUUGGAACAGUUCAUUCAACUCAGAGAGACCAAGAACGUAUCAUUUAAUCCGCCUAUCCAAAACACUGGAAUUGAUCUUCAUCAAAAGAUCCGUGUAUGUGUUCGGAAACGUCCAUUGAGUCGAAAAGAGUUGAACAUGGGAGAGAAAGAUAUCGCGCCAGUAACUGGACCUCAUACUGUCCUAGUUAAAGCACCGAGAACAAAGAUCGAUAUGACCAGGUUCACAGAACAAUAUUCUUUUACAUUUGACGACGCUUUUGAUUGCACAUCUACAAAUGAACAGAUCUAUAACAGGACCGCAAGACCCUUAGUUGAUUAUAUGCUUCAAGGUGGAAAAGCAACCUGUUUUGCCUAUGGUCAAACAGGAUCAGGAAAGACUUAUACUAUGUUGGAUCUCCAACACGGACUGUAUGUUCUUGCAGCCAAAGAUAUCUUUAAUAGACUUGGCCAAAAAAAAUAUUCUCACUUGACUGCCUCGAUUGGAUUUUAUGAAAUCUAUCAGAACAAGCUCUACGAUUUAUUGAACCAACGGAAGGGCCUUGUUCCACGAAAUGACGGCAAUAAUAAUGUGGUUAUCGCUGGUCUUACAGAAGUUCCUGUGAAAGACGUAAACCGGCUUAUGCACACAUUUGAGUUUGGAAGCCAAGCAAGAAUGACCGGCAAAACUGGGGCAAAUAAUAAUUCAUCUCGAUCCCAUGCUGUUCUUCAAGUAUUAAUCAAAUCAGUUGAUAAGCCGUCAGCCAUAUAUGGAAAACUUAGUUUUAUAGAUUUGGCUGGUAGUGAAAGAGGAGCUGAUAGAGGUGAAGAAACAUCGACAACAACAAGACGUGAAGGCGCAGAGAUCAAUAAGAGUCUUUUAGCUUUAAAAGAGUGUAUCCGAGCAUUGGACCAGGACCAAAAGCAUGCACCUUUUCGAGGAAGUAAAUUAACGCAGGUGCUACGAGAUUCGUUUAUCGGUGACUCUCGGACAUGCAUGAUUGCGACAAUUUCACCAAAUAUGUCCAACAGCGAACACACAUUAAAUACACUCCGUUAUGCUGACAGGUAA